UAUUUAUGUUUUUGUCAUAAACUGAUGUUGCAAACCACUUUAUUUCACAAGGCCCUGAAAGAGGCUUUUGAGGUUUUCUGCAACAAACAAGUUUUUGGCUGCUCUAGUGCAGAGCUGCUGGCUUCAUUCUGUGAUAAUAUUCUCAAGAAAGGUGGGAAUGAAAAAUUGAAUGAUGAAGCCAUUGAGGACACAUUAGAUAAGGUGGUAAAGUUGCUUGCUUAUGUUAGUGAUAAAGACCUUUAUGCCGAAUUCUACAGAAAUGUUUGACCGAGGAAUGUAUGCUGGCCUGGUUGGUUGGUUGGUUUGGAGGAGGAGAAAAGUGAGUUUGCUGUUGGAAUAAGGAAGCCUUGGUGGGAAGG